UCCAGAGCCCCGGGACCUCCUCCCCGCGCUGCUCGCUGCUCUGCCGCAUCUGCAGGGCUGGAACCCGGACUGGCUCAGACCGGGACGCCGCUGACGCCGCUGCCGCCGCUGCGGCUCCAUCCUCCGGAUCGCCGUCUCUGCUCAGGCCGCCUGCAGGCUGCACUGGAUAGGAUUUCACGCCGAUUGCUCAAAAACAUGGAUACAGUGUGACUGUCUCGCCCUCUCCUGGCGGGGAUGAGACUGCGAGGAGGCCGGGAUUUCAGCGCCGACUCCCGCCUGGAAGCGGCUUAUCCUCGUCUGCCUGUCCCCUGGCUGCCGCUCGGGGUUCUCCGCGAGGGCGUGCGUCUGCGCCUGCGUCUGGAUCACCAUGACCACCGGGGUCGGGGCUACUGGCAGCUGGUGGCCCUGGAGGCGGGGGCGGGGCCAGGGGCGGGGCCAGAGCCGGUCAGGGGGAGACCGAGGAACCAGGACCCUGAAACCUGCACACCAAGUCUGAUGAGUAACUCGCCUACCCGCUCAGAGAUGCAGACUUCCACUCUCGACCCCGAGUAUCUAGCAGGACCCCAGGCUAAGGUGCCCGGCAGGAAGAGAGGACGACCCCCUGUCCGUAAGCUGGAGGGCAUCCAUAGCCACUAUGCUGAGCAUCAGUCACCCAUCAAGAUCCCCAAGAAGAGAGGCAGGAAACCUGGCUUUAAGCUGAAGCCCAGGACGGUGAUGUCUUCACUUACCAACUCUUAUCCCAGCGGCACACCGGAACCUGAGAUGGGCUCCGUCCCGCAGGAUGCCGCCAUCGUCCCGCACUCAGCCACGCCACAGAUCCUAGCAGCAGAGACGCCGCUGCCUGAUGACUGCAUGUGUGACCCCCCUGUGGACUCCAAGCGCUACGCCGUAGAUCCCAGUGACUCUGCCUUCAACAUCAUGGCAUCGCAGUACCAAUCCAAACACUCUUACGGUUACCGUAGCAGCAGUUGUGCUGUUCCACAACGCGUCUACAGACGAGCAUCGAGCCCGGCGACUUUUCAGGACGGAAAUAGAAAUGACUACGGAGAGAGCAAGCGUUUUGCCGGCAAGGACCCCUCCAGCUGGGGUGUCGAAGAUGUGGUUUGUUUCAUUAAAGGAGCUGACCCCCAAGCCCUGGGACCCCACGCUGAGACAUUCAGGAAGCAUGAAAUAGAUGGAGAUGCCCUGCUGCUGCUGAAGAGUGAUAUGAUGAUGAAAUAUCUGGGACUGAAGCUGGGACCUGCACUCAAGCUCUGUUACCACAUCGAGAGGCUGAAGCAGAAUCAGAUGUGAUUCCACGUUGAGGGAGGAAACCCCGGCUCUCUCUCUCUCUCUCUCUCUCUCUCUCUCUCGCUCUCUCGCUCUCUCGCUCUCUCGCUCUCUCUCUCUCUCAAAGAUACGAAAGCAUUAGUUGAACAUGUAAUGAACAAGAUUCAGAGUCCAUUUCUGGUAGAUUUUUCUGCCUCUGAACCACGUUUAAUUGGACGUUCUGACUGUACAUACAAGGACUGUUAACAGUUGAAGCCAUUGUUUUAUUCUUCAGCUUGUAUUUUCCUUUUUAUCUGAAUAUUUGAGUGUUUUUGAUUGUAAAUAGUUUGGCUGUAUACAGAUGCAGCUACUGUACAUUGAAAACAAUCUUUCAGCAGCAUUAAUUAUACUAGACCGUAAUUAUGGCCCAUUGUACCAUCACAACUGUGGGCCAGCAGAGACAGGGAACCUUUGAUGGUGCUUGAUCUCAGUUAUCAUAUUUAUGUAUUUAAAAUGACUCCUGCUGCUGCGUGUUUAAUAUAUUAGUGAAUUGUAAGUAAAAACAGUUUCAGGUUCUUUUUCUAAGUUUGAUUUUUAAGUCAGGUGACUAUAUGACAGCCCCUGGGGUGUUAUGCUCAGUCAGUCUCACUUUUUUUAGUCACAUGUUUUUAUCACAGUGUUACAGUACCAAAGUAUAACAUUUCUAUUCUUCGAUCCGUGUUAUUCAUAAAAGCUAACUGUAACUGUAGCUAAAAAAAACUGUAUUUGAAAAGGUGAUAAAAGGAACAUAUCUGAAUUUUUUUUUUUUUUUUUAACCACAAGCCGCAGAAUAGCAGAGUUGUUCAGCGAUGAACAGUUGUUUCACCAGUCAGAUGUGCCUGCAAUCACACAGUGCUUGUAAUGACAGGAAGGGUAGGAGACAAUGAAUAGCAAAGCAGUUUGCAAGCGUUUGCUUCACUUGAGGUUGCAAAAUGUCAUGGAAAAAAAAAGCAAACCCUUUCAAACUUGCGAAACAUGGUGCUCACUUCAACUACCACUACGACCUCAAUACUUAAUGUUGUCAAAUAGCUUUUCUUGUUCUUUUUGUUUCAUCACUUCAAACAAUUUUCAUUCAUCCACUGCAACACCUCUCUUUUGUUUUAAGUAUAAAUGUUUUAUUUCAGAAUUGUAAAAAGUGAAAUGUUGAAGCUUUGCUGUAUCCUCUCUGAAUUGUGAAUUCCAUUAUACUUUUGUUGUAUAAUGCCGUUCAAACGACAUCUUAUAGCAUUAACUCACACCUGCUGUACAUUUUGAAACUUAAGUUCAACUUAGUUUACAGUCUAACUUUUAUUUGGCUUAAAUGUUCUUGUAUACCGCACAGAAAAUGCUUACGAGAUAUGUAGGCCUAUGUUCGUAUGCGAGGUGCUGUUAUUUUCCCUGACUCUCAUCAGCUCUAGUAAGCUGUAGGCACGGAUGGGUUAUGUCCUAAUGACCAAGACUCACACUGAAAAGAGAUUCACAAAAACUAUUAACUUUCAAUUUUGAAGUUACUGUAUGUAGCAAAAGUAUGCAUCUCUGACAUUUUAUAAGAUUUAGCGUCACCUUGUGGUCACUUUGUAUGUCGUCAUUUCUUAGUGUUUUGAAGUCUCAUAUAUGGCCCAUAUUUGCAUUUCCCCACGGCAAUUUGCAUUCAGUUUAGAUUAGUAUAUAUUGCAUUGCAAUUUUUUGGCAUCUCUGUAGCUAUUCAGGGUCCCCCUAAUUUUAGUCUUUUUUUCUCAUUUGAAUACAGUUUGUGUCUGCAUUUAUACAUAUAUAAUAUCUGUUGUUUUAAUCCCUUUUUUAUUGAUCUUGGACAAAAAAAAAAAAAAACAACAAAAAAACACUCCCAUUCCUUGAGCCCCUGAACUUGUGUCUUUUAAACACUUGCAGUAAUCCAUCCAUUGCUUAUGAUGACAUUUCAAAUGUAUUUAAUACGUGUUUUGGAACGGAUUACUUAAAAUUUGAAAGAAAUAAACCAAACAUAGUUGGUGUGGGGUUUUUGUUUCUUUGUUUUUUUCAAACUUCAAAUUUCCCUGAUAAUUUGUCUUUCAAUUUGGGAAAUAAAUGUUGUUUUAUAAUGUUUUGU